AUGAUUUCAAUUGAUACGAUCAUCCCGCUCGCCGUCCAGAUGACGCGUGGGUCGUCGUCAAGCAGUGUCAAGCUGACCAAGUGCUGCAUGCAGGCUCUGCGCCAGCUGCACGACAAGGCUGAGACCCGAGGCUCCGAGUCGCCGCGCCUCUACAUCCGAAGCGGCGGCAGCGGAUGGGAGGAUAUCGAGUUCACGGCGUACGGUCGAUACCGCGCGUAUGGCGACGUUCGGUCGUAUUCCGGUCUCACGCUGGUUGCGCGAACCAACCACGGAGACUACACAGACGGCUGUUCUGCGCCCGGAUACUAUGCGCGCAUCUACACGACGACCGGAGAGGUGGCGUUCCAGAAGGAGUACUAUCACGGCACGAGCGUGGUCUACUCGGCCAGUCGGCGCCUACCCGGCCCCUCCAAUCCGUACGGCGUCGACCUUUCGAGCGGCCUGCCGCUGGACGAGUGGAUCGGGCUCAAGUUUGUUGUGUACACAGCGACAGAUCCGGACGAUGGGGCGCCAGCGGUCCAGCUCAAGCUCUAUCUCGACUUUUCACGGGGGGCGCGCGGCGGUGACUGGGUGCUGGCGCACGAGCUUCUUGACACGAGCGGCAGCUGGAUGGCCACUCGCGCCAUCCCUGACGAGUGCGGCACGGAGGACGGCCACGUCCGCGACGGGGAGCCGAUCUUUGGCGGGCGCGAGUACUGCUUCCUACGCACGGACGGCGAUAGCGACACAGUGGUCGAGUGGGCCAACGCUAGUGUUCGCCACAUAAGUGGCGCUGCGACGCCGCGCACCACGGGGUGCGAGGAUUGAGGCGCCCAAUCGCUCACUGGUUAUGUCUCUAAUGUGGGGCGCGCCGCCCGAGGCGGCGCACAUAUCAUUCGGCACUUUUGCUCUGCACCUCGCAAGGUAGGUAAGGUAAGGUAAGGUAAACUUCUCCACAAGCAAUCUACGUGUGUGUGGCUG